UCUCUCUCUCUCUCUCUCUCUCUCUCUCUCUCUGUGGAUAGUGCUGCUGCAAUCAAGAACACGUCCAGCUUGGGUUUUCUGGUGAAACCAUAGAGGAGGGUUCAAUUCAUUAAUGGAGAUGGAAUCAUCUGCAAGUGUGCCUCCAGGCUUUAGAUUUCACCCAACGGAGGAAGAGCUUGUGGGCUACUACCUCAACCGGAAGAUCAACUCUUUGAAAAUUGAUUUGGAUGUCAUUGUGGAAAUUGAUCUCUACAGAAUGGAACCCUGGGACAUUCAAGAGAGAUGUAAAUUGGGGUACGAAGAGCAGAAGGAGUGGUACUUCUUUAGCCACAAGGACAGGAAAUACCCAACAGGAACGAGGACAAACAGAGCCACAGCAGCUGGGUUCUGGAAGGCAACGGGAAGAGACAAGGCCAUACUUUCAAACAACAAAAUUAUAGGGAUGAGGAAAACCCUAGUGUUCUACAGGGGAAGAGCCCCCAAUGGAAGCAAGACCGAUUGGAUCAUGCAUGAAUAUCGACUCCACACGUCUCAACAACCUCCUCAUCAGCUGGAAGAAGGAUGGGUGGUGUGUAGGGCAUUCAAGAAGCCCAGUCCAAAUCAGAGGCAAGGAGGAGGAUGGGUGGUGUUGGGCAGGGAAAAUGGAACAUUCAAUGGUUGGUCCACUACUACUACUACUACUACUACUACUACUACUACUCCUACUCGUACUCCAAGGCAAAUGGCUUGUUAUCCAUUGAUCCAAAGCUCUACAAUCAUGCAAUCAUCAUCAACAUGCUCAUCAGGGCAAGAAGAAGACCACCGCCACCGCCACCGCCACCUUGAGAACCAGCUCAUAAUUGAGCUCCCACAAGUAGAAGUAGCGGAUAGCCCUACCCUUUCAGCAAAAGGUGCAAGCAGUACCAGUACUGAUGAUCAAUGCAGCGGCAGCCAAUAUGCUGCUGUUGAUUGGAAAAUUUUCGAUGAUAUGUUUGGGUCCCAGCAGCAGCUGCUGCUGCUGCAGGCUGAUCAUGAGCCUCCAUCAUUUAAUACCUAUUCCAACAGCUGCUUUUCAUUCAUCUCCCAAGAAUACCACCACCACCAGAUCGUCAAUAAUAAUGAUACUAUUGCUCAUGACCACCAUACAUCCAGCCAUCUCUUCACAGGCCUGCCUGACUGACUGACUGACUGACUGACUGACUUGUAGCCCCCCCCGCCCCCCAUAUACACGCACAAAUCAUACCCCAUGUAGCAAAUCUCGUGCAUUCGGUACACUUUUAAAUCGUGCCACAUUGCACGAAAACUCGUUAACAAUAAGAACCAACCCCAACUUCGGUUCCUUCAUUAAUUUUUCAUUUCCCUUUUUUCUUCUUUACUCAAUUUUUUUUUUUUUUUUAUUUUGGUGAUGGGGAGCUAUGCCUUAUUUUAACUUUUGUUGUCACAAAAAACGCAAUUUAGUUUCUUGUAGCAUAAUUUUAAUUUCGUUGUGCCAUAAUCAUGAAUAUUACGGAUUUUUUUAUUUUGUUUUCCUUUUAUUUUUCUAUAAAUUCUAACUAUUAGGGAAAAAAGAAAAAAUAAUUUAUUGCAAUAUAGGCCUAUUUCCCCACAAACUUUUUGGAAUUUUUCAAUGGUUUCAAUUAG